AUGACGUCUUAUGCUACACGUAUGCCAGGGCCCUUCGCUACCCCAGACCGCAAGUGCUGGCUUUGCGGUCGAGAGAGCGAGAUAUUGCGGUACCGUCACAGUCGAAACUAUCGGUCGGCAUUGUUUAGGGAGAUUACUCUUCCACGAGAUGCUUCUGAGCGGGAACGAACGGCAAGCAUCUCAGCCAUACUUAUCGCUCCUCCACGCAGCGCUGGGAGGAGACCAAAGCCGCCAUCAUCCACGGAGAAGACUCUCCACGACUCAGCUUACACCAAAACGACGGUCAGAACCUGGACCUUCCAAGUCCACGCUGACUGCUGGGAUCUCGUCGCCUGCCGGGUAUCAGACCCCACGGCCUGCGCAACAGCGUUCUGCAAAUCCCUGAUCGCCAACUACCGCGACCAUGCCACACCCUCUCGCAUCCCCACACCACAAACCCGUCCCUCAAGCGGACCACCCAGGUUAACAACACCCCCUGGAAGAAACCCCCGCCGCGCAAACAUGCACCGGCUGGAGAGCUUCGACGGGCUGGCCGCAGAGUUAGGCCUAGCGCGGCUCCCCAGCGUGCACGAACCAGCCUCACUCGAACAACUACACUUGUUUUCCUACACCACCGCCCCGGCAGCGCCCCUCAGCGCGGACACAACCACCAACAACAAAAACAACGACCCAUUCACGACCCUCCCGCCCGAAAUCCUCCAGCUCCUCGCCUCCCACACCCCCACCACCGACCUGCUCCACCUGCGCCUCGCCUCGCGGGCGGUGGCUCACGUGUCGGGGCUGGACGGCCUGCCACGGAGUUUCUGGCGCAGCCGGUUCGGGCCGGCCUUCGAGAUGGGGUUCGCGCAGCCGGCGCGGGCGGGGCGGGACCUGGACUGGCGCGGGAUGUAUUUCCUUGUGAGGCGGGCGCUGCGGCGGUAUUGUGGUGGUGGUGGUGGUGGUGUUGGCUUGCCGAGGGUGGAGAGUCCGUUGCUGGCGAGGCUGGCGAAGAGGAGGAUUGUGACGGACGAGCCCGUUGAAUAG